CUACCAUAUGCCGUUCAUGUCUCAAAUCACCUUAAGCUCAACUGUACCAACACAUCCAAACGUAGAUGUAAUCAACACUCGACAAAGAGACCCGACGACAAUCAGAAAACGGCAUCCCCUAUACAACUUUGCCAAGCGGUGCAAUUGUGAAAUUCACUUCAGUUGGACCAGCGAACAGUUUUAAAUUGACUCAUCUUUUUUUGCCUUCGUCGACGGCUAAUCGGAAUCGAGAAUCCUAUAGGAAGAUGCAUCAGAAUGGAGUGCUUGCCCUAGAACACCUGGAAUUGCCUUCGGCGGGGUCGACCGCCUACUGCCGGCUUUGCUUGGCCAGGGACAAUCUGGUGGAGAUGUCGCCGAACCUUCUUCAGCAUUCGCCAUCGUCGGACGACGAAACGAGUGCUACGCAAGCAGUUCGACUUACGGAACUUAUUUUUGAGUGUACCGAUGUACGGCUCUCUCCGGAGAACGAAGCCCCCUGCGCCGUCUGUCAGCACUGCAUGCGAUCGCUGAAGGAAUUCUAUCGCUUUCGGGCCCGCGCCAAGCGAGUUGACGAACUCAUCAAAUCUAGACAAUUAGAGCAAACGACUGGCGAAACGGAUAAGACUGACCUACUAGAACAAGACCGCGAACUUCCAGCAAGCAAUGAAUCAGAGGAAACCAGAGACCAAUCGAAGCGGAAGAUCAUUCAGGAUGAAGUUCGCAUCGAAAGCCCCGCCCCUAAUCCUAAGAAGACUUUAAACAGCACAAUCGAACCUCGAAAGCGUCCAUCGGGGGACUUCCUGGCGGUGGGAGUGAAGCGACCCCGCCCAAAACUAAUCCCCACGCCGGUGAUCAUUGCCUCGAUUAGCGUGACCGGCGGCGGCAAGUUUCGCUGCCGGUACUGUCCCAAGUCGUUCAAAACGGCCGCCGGACUGACGGAGCACUCGCGCAAUCACAACCGACCGCAUCAGUGCCCGAACUGUCUGGAACAGUUCCAGCAUGCGCCGUCGUUGGCCAGGCACAUCCGCAACAGGACGUGCUUCACCUUUACCAAGUAUCGGUGCCGCGUUUGCACCGAGAGCUUCCUGGAGCAGGCCGACUGGGCCGAACACAUCAAGAUCCACGCCAGCGACUUUCCCUACCAGUGCCAGGAGUGUCUGUCACAGUUCAAGCACAAGGCCACGCUGCGCCGUCACGUCAACACGGUGCAUCUGUUGCAGUACUAGAUUGAGGGGGAGUGGUGCGGAUGUAGUCGUGGAUCUCGUUUGGACUUACACACUUGAGUUUUUUCACACAUGAGUCAAGGAAGUAUGUAGCUGUGACGGAAUUUAUUGAAGUUGGGUAGAUAGUAGUGCAUGGUAGCAGCAAAUUAGCUAAAGAUUUUAGCUCGAACGCAAUGUAUUCUAAUAAAUCUUACGGACGGAAUAUUUUAGAUUUUAAAAAUUGCACAAAAACGGUAGCAAACAGUGGCAAUUAUCGUAUUUAUUUGAUGUGAUUUAUUUUUUAGGCGAAAUAAAUUUUAAGUUAAACACGUUCCAAAUGAAGUGGUUUGUGAUAUGAAGUCA